AUGAAGUUCACGCGGACUUUAUCUGUGAUUCUCUGUAUUACGAUCGCACAAGCGAUACUGUUGACCGUCUCCACAGAGGCGAGCUCACCGAUCAAAACUGAUGGAGAGAGUAGAUCGCUUACGAGCUCCGGGCUAAGAUGGCAGUUCUGCGAGCCGGAGACCGUGGUCGGGCCGUGUAGCUUAGUAAAGACGUGCGCAGCGUAUGAAAAUAUAUUGGUCUGUGCGAAAGAAAAUAUCGUCUGUACAACAGCAGCGCCUGAGACAAAGAGUCCCGAGUAUGGUGGUCCCUGGAACGGAAAAGUGACUUGGAGACGUCGUUGGACCUCAGACACAACUUUCGAAGACGCAGCACCGCAGAAAAAUAUUCAAAAAUGUAGGAAGGAAUGUGUUUUCAAAUCAGUAGAAGUUUGUGUGGAGUACAAAUACCAAAACACAUGCAAGGUUUGCGUGCAAAAGUUUGAGGCUCUGCAAAUAUGUCCAAAGUCUUCUACAGCGGUAUAUGAAAAAGGGAAUGUUCAACGACAGAAUGAGUUAGAUUGGAAAACAAGCAGAAAGUGGACGUCUUCGUAUGGUGAAGAAUCCACUACGUCGACUUCCAUAGUUCUAGGCGAGUUUUGCACAUAUGAGUGCAAGCUGCUCUCGGAAACGUGUAGUGUAGAGGUUUUCCCUAUUCAGACGCCCCGUCCAAUUCAACAGACUCCAUUUCCAGAGGCGACGAAGAGCCAUAUGGCCCAAACUCCGCCACAAACAGUACAUCGGACGCUACCGCCAACACCGGUUGUAACAAGUCAUGAACCAACGGUGGUGCAAACAAUUACUGUACCGCCUUCAAGGACCGCUGUUGUCUCAACAUCUGCAACAGCAUUAAUCACCGUAGUCUCGACGUUGAUACCUGUAAGAAGUCCUGUAUUGAGCGCAACUACAGUAUCAAACAUAUCCACCACAUCGAAACCAACUUCGAUCGCUACAAGCACCACAAGGCCCACCCAAAAGCCGACGAGCACGAGUUCACCAACAACGACGAGCACGAGUUCACCAACAACGACGAGCACGAGUUCACCAACAACGACGAGCACGAGUUCACCAACAACGACGGCUUCCUGCCCUGACGGACUCGUCUACACCUGCCUGUUGGGUGAUAUCUGUGGGUGCGUGACAACGAGCGGAAGCUGCCCUGGGAACCUCGUCAAGUUGUGUGUCGGUGAUACGUGCGUUUGUGUUGAAGCGGGGACACCGACACCGUCACCGUCAUUUUCGCAGCCUACGUCGACGUCUACAUCGACGAGUACGGCCUCGUCUACUUCGGUUCCCACGUGCCCCGGAGGAGUCGUCUACACAUGUCUAUUGGGAGAUAUCUGCGGGUGCGUAACGACCACCGGCAGCUGUUCUGGUAACCUGGCCAAGGUCUGCCUUGGCGACCUCUGCGUAUGCGUCGAGGCGGGAACACCGACACCGUCGCCAACGUCACCAACAACGACGAGCACGAGUUCACCAACAACGACGAGCACGAGUUCACCAACAACGACGAGCACGAGUUCACCAACAACGACGGCUUCCUGCCCUGACGGACUCGUCUACACCUGCCUGUUGGGUGAUAUCUGUGGGUGCGUGACAACGAGCGGAAGCUGCCCUGGGAACCUCGUCAAGUUGUGUGUCGGUGAUACGUGCGUUUGUGUUGAAGCGGGGACACCGACACCGUCACCGUCAUUUUCGCAGCCUACGUCGACGUCUACAUCGACGAGUACGGCCUCGUCUACUUCGGUUCCCACGUGCCCCGGAGGAGUCGUCUACACAUGUCUAUUGGGAGAUAUCUGCGGGUGCGUAACGACCACCGGCAGCUGUUCUGGUAACCUGGCCAAGGUCUGCCUUGGCGACCUCUGCGUAUGCGUCGAGGCGGGAACACCGACACCGUCGCCAACGUCACCAACAACGACGAGCACGAGUUCACCAACAACGACGAGCACGAGUUCACCAACAACGACGAGCACGAGUUCACCAACAACGACGAGCACGAGUUCACCAACAACGACGGCUUCCUGCCCUGACGGACUCGUCUACACCUGCCUGUUGGGUGAUAUCUGUGGGUGCGUGACAACGAGCGGAAGCUGCCCUGGGAACCUCGUCAAGUUGUGUGUCGGUGAUACGUGCGUUUGUGUUGAAGCGGGGACACCGACACCGUCACCGUCAUUUUCGCAGCCUACGUCGACGUCUACAUCGACGAGUACGGCCUCGUCUACUUCGGUUCCCACGUGCCCCGGAGGAGUCGUCUACACAUGUCUAUUGGGAGAUAUCUGCGGGUGCGUAACGACCACCGGCAGCUGUUCUGGUAACCUGGCCAAGGUCUGCCUUGGCGACCUCUGCGUAUGCGUCGAGGCGGGAACACCGACACCGUCGCCAACGUCACCAACAACGACGAGCACGAGUUCACCAACAACGACGAGCACGAGUUCACCAACAACGACGGCUUCCUGCCCUGACGGACUCGUCUACACCUGCCUGUUGGGUGAUAUCUGUGGGUGCGUGACAACGAGCGGAAGCUGCCCUGGGAACCUCGUCAAGUUGUGUGUCGGUGAUACGUGCGUUUGUGUUGAAGCGGGGACACCGACACCGUCACCGUCAUUUUCGCAGCCUACGUCGACGUCUACAUCGACGAGUACGGCCUCGUCUACUUCGGUUCCCACGUGCCCCGGAGGAGUCGUCUACACAUGUCUAUUGGGAGGUAUCUGCGGGUGCGUAACGACCACCGGCAGCUGUUCUGGUAACCUGGCCAAGGUCUGCCUUGGCGACCUCUGCGUAUGCGUCGAGGCGGGAACACCGACACCGUCGCCAACGUCACCAACAACGACGAGCACGAGUUCACCAACAACGACGAGCACGAGUUCACCAACAACGACGAGCACGAGUUCACCAACAACGACGGCUUCCUGCCCUGACGGACUCGUCUACACCUGCCUGUUGGGUGAUAUCUGUGGGUGCGUGACAACGAGCGGAAGCUGCCCUGGGAACCUCGUCAAGUUGUGUGUCGGUGAUACGUGCGUUUGUGUUGAAGCGGGGACACCGACACCGUCACCGUCAUUUUCGCAGCCUACGUCGACGUCUACAUCGACGAGUACGGCCUCGUCUACUUCGGUUCCCACGUGCCCCGGAGGAGUCGUCUACACAUGUCUAUUGGGAGGUAUCUGCGGGUGCGUAACGACCACCGGCAGCUGUUCUGGUAACCUGGCCAAGGUCUGCCUUGGCGACCUUUGCGUAUGCGUCCAGGCGGGUACGUCAACCUCGAAUGGCACGGCAUCGUCUGGCGUCUCUGAGGCCUUUUUUGCUGAACCUGAGCGGAACAGCACCCAUAGUGCCGAAAGCGCUCCAAGAGCAACUGCAACGGUUACUCCAGCUGUUGUUCAUCCCACACCAUCUCCGUACAUCGCUAAGAUGAAUGCGAUGUCGAUGACCCCCUCAUCAUCACAGGCCUCAUCGCUCUCUGUAAGCACUCUACCUGUGGCGACCACGGCAACACUACCACCGCCCUUUACUCCGGUUAUUACAACGAGCACUUCUGGCGGCUCCUUUUUAGACAAUGUGGAACCCGGCGGAGAACGUAACUCGCAUUCAUCCACACUGGGGGCAGUCGCACCAGCGAUGCGUACCACGAUAAGUCCGCCAACUUUUAGCAGUCUAGGGUCAACACCCCGCCCUGGAACAGGUAUCGAUGCUCCAACUACUUCAUCUUCAGGCCCGGAUAGGAUCAUCGAGCAGACAUCCGCUAUCCCUGUCAGCAGCAGUAGCAGCAGAGCCGGGAAUUUGGGCUCAGGCACCAGUGACACAAGCAGUGGUAGCAACAGCGGAACUCCUGGUUCAGGCACCAGUUACACCGGCAGUGGUAGCAGCAGCGGAACUUCUGGUUCAGGCACCAGUGACAACGGUAGUGGUAGCAGCAGCGGAACUUCUGGUUCAGGCACCAGUGGCAGCGGCGGUCUAUCUAGCACGAACAAUGGGAUGAAUAUGACGGCAUUCGGUCGUUGGUUCUAUGUCGUUCCUCGAAUUCAACACGUGCAGAACAUCAUUUGA